AUGUUUAAAGCUCAAAGCGAAAGUUACGCACCUCGCUUCAAAGAAUUGGAGCGACAAAUUAAAGCAGAAGUUCCAGAUGCUGUAGUCAGAGGUGCUGUUGGAAGAACUUCUUCUUUUGAAGUAAUUGUGGAUGACGAAGAAGUGUUUUCCAAAUUACAGAUAGGUGCAUUUCCUAACAUGAGGGAGAUUGUGGAAGUUGUAAAAGCUGCCAGCGAGGGAGAAGAAAUAAGAAAAGUUACAGAUACUGAAAGCUCUUUUUGCAUUAUUCUAUGAUGACAGCCAAAAGGUACAUGAAUCUCCGUUAAAAUUCUUGUUUUCUUCCAGAUGUGUAUGAUAGUUCUUUCUGAAAGCUUUGUGGAAGGAAUCUUGAUGAAAAAUCUGCGGUUAAUUGGUUUUUUUAAGUUGAUUCAUGUACUGACUCGUUAUUUCAUUUUAAAAUGCUAUUUAUUUAUUGCUAAUCUUGAAAUAAAAUGUUUUACUUAAAAA